CCAAAAUAGUCCGUGAGCGUAAUGUCUCCGGGAACACCGUGUCAGACGUAGCUGGGCCUGUAAACACCCCCGGCCUCCGACACCCCCUUUAGACCCCUCUCUGCGGCGGAGCGGCUACUUUCUGGACGCCCUCCUUGACCGGUCAUGGGGACGAUUUAACCAUCGGAACCAUCUGAUGAUUUCAAUCGAAGGAUUUAAAAGAACGUGUCUCCCUUGGCGUCUCCGGCACGGACACCUUCUGGAACCUUCGCCCUUGAGGGCCGCCAUCCCGGGGCCGGAAUCCCGGGGCCGCAAUCCCGGGGCCGGACUAUAAAUCGAGGCCUCCCCCCGCCUCCGGCCGACCCCCGCCGGCGCGGCGAUGGGGCACGAGGUGGUCGUACUGGACGUCUCCGUCCUCAGAGGACUGUGGGAGACGCGCGUCAGGAGGCAGACGGAGCGGCAGAAGAAGGAGGCCGAGCGGCUGGAGCGGAGCGCUCUGCACAGGAUCAAGGAGGAAUGGGACGUGGCACGAGAACUGAGGAAUCGGGGCCCCCACGGGGCUGCCGGUGCCCAGAACGUCCUGUUCAUAGCCGGCGGCGGAGACAAGUUGUCAUCCGGGGAUGAUCAGUACAGCCUCCCCGGCCCCGGCCUUGGGCCCGCUCGGGACAGAGACCGGAGCAAAUUCGUCUUCGAACUAACCGGCGAGCAGUGGACGGAGUUUCCGGAGGCUCUGAGGAAGCAGGUUCACCUGCGGGAGUGGAACGUGAGGAGCACCUCGAUAACCACCAUCCCUCCCUACAUCGAGAACUUCCUGGACGUCACGGUGCUGACGCUGUCCCAAAACCUGAUCAGCCACCUCCCGGCCCAAAUCGGUGGGUGACAGCCCGCGGACCUUGGGUUCUAAUCCCGCUCUGCCCCUUCGUCUGC